AUGGCGUGUAUGCCUAAACCGGAUCAGUCCUCGCGUGGGCGAGUGACUGUUGUUCUUGGAUCCCAAUGGGGUGAUGAGGGCAAAGGUAAGCUGACAGAUAUGCUGUCAGGUGAAAUGGACAUUUGUGCCCGAUGUGCCGGUGGAAACAAUGCUGGUCACACAAUCGUGGCUAAUGUGGGUCCCGACAAUGUCAAGACCAAAUUUGAUUUCCACCUGCUUCCGUCAGGUCUCGUGAACCCCAAAUGCAUUGGUUUUAUUGGCAGUGGUGUCGUGAUGCACAUUCCCUCUUUCUUUAGUGAACUGGACACGACUGAGAAAAAGGGUCUCAAAUGCGACAACCGCUUGUUUGUAUCGGAUCGUACGCAUUUGGUGUUCGACUUCCAUCAGGUCGUUGAUGGCCUGAAAGAGGUUGAGCUGGGUGGUAGCAGUAUCGGUACCACGAAGAAGGGUAUUGGUCCAGCUUACUCGUCCAAGGCGUCACGUUCUGGUCUUCGUGUGCAUCAUUUGUACGACUUCGACACCUUUGCAGCCAAGUUCCGCAAGCUUGUGGAAGGUCGCUUCAAGCGUUAUGGAAACUUUGAAUACGAUACGGAAGGCGAAAUCGCCCGCUACCGAGCAUUUGCCGAGCGUCUGCGUCCUUUCGUGGUAGAUGGUGUUACAUUCAUCCAUUCGAUGUUAUCCUCCAAUCGACGCGUACUUGUGGAAGGUGCCAAUGCACUAAUGCUGGAUCUUGAUUAUGGUACGUACCCGUUUGUUACGUCGUCGUCCACGGGUAUUGGCGGAGUGUGUACCGGUCUUGGUAUCCCUCCGCAGUCGAUUGGCUCCGUGAUUGGUGUGAUGAAGGCAUACACGUCUCGUGUCGGUGCUGGUCCUUUCCCAACGGAACUUAGCGACGAAAUCAUGACUCAUCUUCAGGAGGUUGGUGCUGAAUACGGUACAACGACUGGCCGUCGGCGCCGCUGUGGCUGGCUUGAUUUGGUUAUGAUGCGAUACUCAACGCUGAUUAACGGCUACACUUCUUUGAACUUGACCAAGCUCGACGUGCUUGACAACUUGCCUGAAAUCAAGGUCGCGACGAGCUACGUACUGGGCGAGAAGGAACUCUCCAGCUUCCCAGCUGACCUCAAUAUUUUGGCCAAAGUGGAUGUCAAAUACAAGACGUUCCCUGGCUGGAAGGGUCCAAUUUCGAAUUGUAAGUCGUACGAAGAGCUGCCGCAGACUUGCCGCGAGUACAUCGAGUAUAUCGAGAACUUUUUGGGCGUGCGCAUUGAGUGGAUCGGUGUGGGCCCUGGCCGUGAGGCUAUGCUCCACCGUCCCGUUUCGUCGGCUUAA